UUUCCCCAGUCUGGUGCUUUGUGCAUUAGACUACAAUUCAAUUAAAUACCAGGUGCUGGUGGCGGAUGAUGGGUGCUGUCUUUCAACUGGGAGCUGGAGGGCAGCCGGUUGGAGAAAGCUAGUCUACAGGGUUAUGCCAAAGCCUUCAUGAAAAAAAAAGGGGCCUGGAAUGGAAAAAAAACUGGAGUAAACUCAAGGAUUAGAAAGUAUGGGUGAGGAAGGACUUUACAUAAGACACUUAAGGCUCUUGCAUCCAAUUUCGGUGUGCGUGCUAGACCGCUGAGGAUAUUUACUGCCACUGAAUAUGCCUCUUGGCUUCAUGGGCUGUGCAGCUAAUUUUGUUUUGGUGCUGAAACUGUGAUCCUUUGGCAUAUGGUAUGCCUCCUUCCUGGCAACCAGAUGUUUGUCCCUAUAUCUCUGUAGGUUUGUAGAUCUUUGCUGCUCAUGUGCCUAUGGCUUUGAAGUGUUGAGAGAAGAUGGGCUGAAUGUGCGAGAGCUGUGUUUUAACAUCUUAGUUCAAUCAUCAUGCCCGGUGUAGCAUGCCAAGAAACAGAACUAUGAGUCAAGAAGUCCCCAAUUUAUAUCUUGGCUUUGCCAUGAAAUGAUAAAAUUACCAUAAGCAAAUCACUCCUCAGUUCCCCCAUCUGUAUUAAGUGGGAUAAAAAUAUUAUGUUACAGGAUUGUUUUAAUUACUAGUAUUAGAUAAGGCAUCAUUAGGUCAUAAUUCUUAUAGCAGAUCCUGAAUUAGGCCUUGAAUACUUGAAAAUACUGUGUAAUUAUCUUCAUCACUGGGCAGGGGCCUAACAGCCCCAUCUAUGGAUUCCAGUGUUCACAGCUCUGAUGCCUGAUAGACCCAUCAGUGGCAAAUCCACAUUUGGGGUCCUUUCCAAUCACAGGGAGGGCACACAUCAAGGCUCCCUCCAAAAACAGCUGCCAUUUUGGAGAAUAUGGGAGACUGGGGAAUCCUGGACAGAUCUGGGAGAACAAACUGUGAAAUAAAUAAAAGUGUAAGGAGUUACCUUCCGGUUAAGUGUUACUAGAUAUCUGGUGGAACUUAACUAUUUUUUGGUCCAAACACAAAUGAGAUUGCACCUAAGUAAUAUUUUUUUAAAAGAUGUUUUCACAUUUAAACAACCAGAAUGGGAAGACUAGAGGAAAAGCAAAACAGGGAACUUGGGAAGAAAAAUAUGUGGGGGAGAGAGACAGUGAAAGAGGAAUGGAUUUGACAGAUGAAUGGACUGAAGAAAAAGAAGAGUGAACACUUGCAUGAAUCCUGCAAGUUCAUGCAAGGGAAAAGGAGGUUGAUAGAGAAUGGAAGAGAUUGAAACAGAGAAGGUGCUUGUAAAUACAAGAAAGAAGACCAGUGAGAAAAUCAGCUGUGAUGGAAGAGGGAACAUUGCAUCAGGCAGGAAGAUUUACCUGGAUUACAAUGCAACCACCCCGCUGGCAGGGGAAGUGAUUCAGGCAGUUACAGAAGCCAUGCAUGAAGCAUGGGGUAAUCCUAGCAGCCCUUACAUAGCAGGUCAAAGAGCUAAAGAAAUAAUAAAUGGUGCUCGUGAGAGUUUGGCUAAAAUGGUAGGAGGGCAGCUCCAGGACAUUAUCUUCACUUCUGGAGGGACAGAGGCAAACAACUUAGUGAUUCAGAGUGCAGUGAAGAAUUUUAGAGAAAGCAGCAAGCAACAGUCUGCCAGACCAGGAGAAAAUCUAAAGAAGACUCUGGGGACACUUCCACAUUUAAUUACAUCUUGCAUUGAACAUGAUUCAGUCCGUCUGCCUGUAGAGUACCUAGUAGAAGAACAUGAGGCUGAUGCCACUUUUGUCCCAGUGUCAAAGGUGAGCAGACAGGUGGAAGUGGAUGAUGUUGUUGCAGCAAUCCGUCCAACUACAUGUCUGGUUUCCAUCAUGCUUGCCAAUAAUGAGACUGGGGUUAUCAUGCCCAUCUCAGAACUCAGUCAGCGGAUUCAGACUGUCAAUCAGAAGAGAAUGGCAUCUGGGCUGCCACGCAUCUUGGUGCACACAGAUGCAGCACAAAUGAUUGGAAAGGGGCGAGUGGAUGUUCAAGAUCUGGGAGUGGACUAUCUCACUGUUGUGGGGCACAAGUUUUAUGGCCCACGUAUUGGAGCGCUGUACGUGCGAGGGCCUGGGGUCACCACUCCUCUUCAUCCCAUGCUGUUUGGAGGUGGGCAAGAACGGAACUUUCGUCCAGGAACUGAAAAUACACCAAUGAUUGCUGGUCUUGGCAAGGCAGCAGAGCUAGUGAAUAAGCACUGUGAUGUUUAUGAAGCUCACAUGAGGAAGGUUCGGGAUUAUUUAGAGGAGAAGCUUGAAGCUGCAUUUAAAGAACAAGGAAUCCAUUUUAACUGUCGGCUGAAAGGCUCUAAACGACUGUGCAACACAUGUAAUUUUUCCAUAGUGGGCUCAGGACUACAAGGUCGGCUGGUGCUGUCUCACUGUAGGACUUUGCUUGCUAGCGUUGGUGCUGCCUGCCACUCUGAGAAGGGUGACCAGCCAUCGUCAAUCCUGCUCAACAGUGGAAUUCCUUACAAUCUGGCCCAGAAUGCCCUGCGUCUCAGUGUGGGGCGUCACACCAGCAAGGAAGAUGUGGAUCUGAUUGUAGAAGAUUUGAAGCAGGCUGUGGCUCAGCUGCAAUAGACUAGAUUCUCACAGUUGUCUAAGAAGAAGCUAUUGUUCACCAAAACUGACCAGUGAAAUUACCAAACCUUGAUUUUUCCAUGAUCAUAUCUGACAGAGUGAGGACAGGCCUGUCUAUUCUUCGCCACUGGAUCAUUGCUGAUUCACACCAAAUGAUUCCCGAGCCAGGGCUGGGCAAUUCUGGGCAGACUUUAGACAAAUCCCAGCUCCCAUGGUUUGCAUGGGGACAAAAGCAAGCUAACUUUAGCAAGUUGCAGCAGAAGUUUAACUUCUGUAACAGGUUUUUUUUUUUUUUUUUUUUUUUUUGCCAAAUUGUUACUUCUGCCUUGAUUUUCUGGGUGGUGGUGGAGGCAGCAGGAGCCAUGUCCAGGCCAUGCAUUGUCCGGCCUUGCCUUGCUCUAGCCCUUGAAUUCAGCAAGCUAUUGUAUAUGAUAAUAGCAUUAGCUUUUGCUUCCGAGGAUCAGUGUCAAGUUCAGUUACUGUACUAAGCAGGAUGUUAUGUGAUAUUUGGCAAAUUGGGAGAGGGGAGUCUCUAGUUGGAUGUUGAUGCAUGUACUUGGAGAAUUUAGACAGGGAACAAAUGUGAACAUCAUGGCUUGAAUGUAUACAUAUAGGAAAGGACAGGUGAAUCUCAAAACAGACAGGAUUAGCUUUAGAUUGUAGAAAUUCUCUCUUCUGAUGCUACCCUUUUCAUUUACCCCUUACCUGAAACAAAACACGAGCCCUUUUGCAGCAGCUACUGUAGCACAGAGCUGAAUACUGGGGCCAAAAUGUGCAAUACAGUGUACCACAAUGAAAGAGUAGUUUGUGCAUGAACACAUGCAACCUUCACUUCACAUUGCUUUGUAUAACGCAGAUAUUAAGAGUCGGCAGGUAGCUGUCUCUACCUGUUUGACCUAGUGUUAAGGGGCUGCUGGCACUUCCGUUUAUGUCAGUUACACAAUCUAAUCCCACUGGAAAGAGAGACAUGACGGCAGGAAUCUGAGCCAGGAAUUGUUGUUGCCGUUAUCUGUCCUGAUUGCCAACAACGGGACUGGCCACAACUGUCAUCUUAUGGCUGGGAAAAGUUUUUGCUAUGAUGGAUCCUGGCUGUAAUUGCUGGUGCUGCUUGCCAUCAGCAGUAGGAAUCUCCAGUGGUGGGACAGGUGAUGAAGAGAUCCAACCCAGCAGGUGCUUCCCAUCAGCAAGAUGAGGACAAAGGCAUAUUGGUUCUCUUGCCACUGCCAGCCCAGCUUGCUUGCAGCCAGUUCAGGCAAAUAGUAAGGAUCUGACUAGCUAGGGGUUCUCGCUUCCCCAUAAGAAUACAUCACAGGGAUUCCUCUGGCUGUCAGCUUCCCCUUGCAGAAAGAAGUGGGUUCUGUGCACCUUACAGCUACUCCUGUGACUGAGAGGUGGCAAUCCCUAUAAUUCUGUGCUGUCCUUUGGCCUGUGCCAGACUUCAGAGCUGCCUUUCCUGGCUUCUGCAGGCACUGUGUUUGGUUCCAUGGGUCAAGUGAACAGAGAGGAAAAUAAAGGGUAUUCUCUGUCAUCCCACUUAUCUAGCAGCUUUGUACCAUGGAACAUUUAUGCAAAACUAUUUCUGGCACAUACUUGCUUAUUUCCUCUAUCCUGGGUACUGGCUCUUUCGUAUUAGACAAAAGGAAGAUCUAUAGUGCUCUCUUUUUUAGCCAGUAGUCCUGCCAUGCUGGUCUACAGUUGGUAGCCAUGCUGGCUGGGGAAUGAUGGGAGUUGUAGACUAACACAUCUGGAGGAUGCCAGGUUGAAGAAGGCUCCUUUGUUACAAAGGGGGGAUCAGGAAAAAAUGGCAGGUGAUUGAGGCACGGUGGCAAGGCAAGCAGAGCUCAGAUCUUUCUUGGUUAAGCUCUUUAGCUUUUCUGUUGACUGCUUGGAUUUCUGCAGCCUUGAUAGGAAUACGGAGUAGUUAUUUUGUCACUAUAUAAUUACACCGAGGAGGCUAUAUACUGCUGUUCCAGGGAAGUAGGGAUAACUGUGUGGGUGUGUGUAUACACAAAAUGCUGCAUGCACUAUGAGGGUUGAGCAUAUGAUCAAAGAUGUUAGUGCUAUAUCUGUAUGCACAUCCAGACUUAAAGAGGAGUAUAUGUUGAUAUCAUAGACUCAUUGUUGAGGAUGUCUCCCAUUCCCAGAGCAACAGAAGGAGUUGUCCUCAAGCAUUUUUUUUUUUUUUUUUUUUUGGUGUUGUGCAUUGGAAGCCAUUAGCUCUCAUCUCACAAGAAGGUAAAUGUUACAUAACCCAGCAAGAAAGGGAUCUUAGGCAUCAAAUUGCCAGGUACUCCAUUUCUGACUUGCUGGAGCCAGAUGCUUCAGAAGAUUUGUCACAUCAAUAGAAACAUAUUUUGGGACUGUAUAGCUUUCCUUAUGUUCUUGGCACCAUGGAUUUGGCAUGCCAGUAUCCACUACCAAAGAUAACUGCGAAUCAACUAGCAUAAGAAUAUGUUAUACUGUCAUAGGAAAAUACCAAAGCUAUUACAGAUAGUGGCGCGCUGGCACUAAUUGAUGAGAAACACUGCAAGAAUCUCACUGAAUAGGAAGGACUUGAGAUAAAUAUUGUGGAGGUUGAAUGCCCUUAAGAUAGGUGGUAAUGUCCAUUUGGAAUGUUAUUUAAAAUACAUAUUUUAAAGGCUUUUGAGUUUCAAAACCAUGGUAGAUGGGAUUAGAAGGGCAAUUAAAUUAUUCCUGGAGUUGGCUGGCAUCCAUUUCAGCCUCUGUACAGCCAGGUCCAUUGAGAUUGCUCUUAGUACUGAGGUGAAGGAAUAGUACUUGGUUUUUAGGUUCUGCUGCACUGCAACUUCAACGGAAAAUUAUCCAUCCCAAGACACUUGUUGAUCUUCGAGGAUGUUAAUACUUGUUUCAAAUAUUAGAUAGUCCUGUUCUGAAGGCAAUGGUGGGUAAUGCUGUAAAAGAGACACAAAGUUAAAAUGUAAUGCACAAAAUUGUAUUGUUAAAAUAAGCCUAUUUCAGUGUCAAUUUGAAUUAAAAUAAAAUCUUGUUUAUAACA